AUGAAUUCCCAUUUCAAAGGCACAGAGGAUCUUCUAAUUAAAAAUAAAUAUGCACAAAUAACAAACAUUAUUAAGGAUUGUCUCAAAAGUUCAAAAGUAGUUAGUGAUAAUACAAUAAAGAAACUAUUCAGAACAUAUAGUAUGAAUGGAAGAAUAGAUGCUGUAGAAAUUUUACAAAAAUAUUGCUCAAAGUUAAAUCCCUGUUUAAAUAAGAGAAAUGGAGAGUUUCUGCAUUAUCUGGCAAAAGCACAUUGUAUGAAAGGGAAUUCUGAAAAUGGGCUAUUAAUAUUAAAAGAAGCCUAUGUAAAACAUGAAGGGCUUAGAAGUUUUUAUAGAGUAAUAUUUAGAGAACUAAUUUAUGAUUCUGUUCAAAAUCGAUCAGAGGCUUCUUUAGUAAUAUUUACUAAAUAUGUUCUGAUAUUUAGUGAGAUAUGGAAUGAUAAUUACCCACUUAUAUGCUUUUGGCAUACAUGUUGGUCAAGCUUUUGGUUUUCAGAUCAGAUGCUCUCAAAUGAUUUAUUAGAAAAUUCUGAAGUGUUAAGAAAAAUUGUUCAAGAUAAAGCAACAACAUUCUGUAUAAAUAUACUUAAAGAAUACAAUGAAGAUGCAGUAGUCCGAUUGUUACAAACCUUAUUGAAAUAUCAAAUGAUGGUUGAGUAUGCUAAAGUUCUUAACAUCCUCUUUAAUUAUAAAUUACAGAACAGGGAUUUGAGAGGUUGCACAGAAAUUGUGAAGAACUGUGAUGCUCUAGGAAUAUCAUUGUCCUCCUACCAGCAAGGGAGAUACAUAAAAUUGUUAAUAAACAGCAAGACAAGAUAUUGUGAUCUUACAAGAGGAAUAUGUUUGGCAAUAAGUUUUGUUCACUGUGAAAUAAAAAAAUCAUGCUUAAUGAGGUUUUUCUCUGUGCAUAUCUGCAAUCAGCCUUUGGCUAUGAGCGGAUUUGUUGUGAGUCGUCCAUGUCGUGCCGAAGAGGCUCCUCAUCAGGAGACUUUUCAUUCCUCACCAUCUGUCGCCAACUCCCUGUAUAUCAUGGCGUUUCAGUCGUUUAGUGUAGCUAAUGUU